CUUCUUAAAAGAAUAAUAAAAUGGAGGAUUAAGAUUAAAUGUUAUUGAAGAGCUUACAACUUUAAGGAGUGUAAAUAUCAGCAUCAUCCCUCCCUUAAGUAAGAAUCAUUCUUAAUUAUAGUUUACAUGUGAUGACUUGAUAUCUAUUUUAUUAUAAUUUUUUCAAUUAACUGGAACUUAAGCUAUUCAAAUCAGCUCUAUUAAAUCAAUUAAAAGUGCAUUUAGAAAAGCAGGUAAAAUUCAAGAAAUGCUUUAUCCAAUUGGUAUAAGAAUAGACAUUCAAUCAAUUGUCAAUCCUAAUCCAUAGGAAUCAAGAAAGAUUAUUGUAAGUGUUCUUUCUAAAUUGAGUUAAUCAAAUAAAAAAGAAACUGGAUCCAAAAAUUUAACAUUUGAAGAAAGAUUAUAAGAAGAAAAAAUUAAUUAUAGGACAAAUUAAAUAUAGAAUUUCUUUUAAGAAUGGGUAAAUCCAUCAUUAUGCGCUUUCCCAGAUAUUCAACAAAGAUUUUUAAGAUUGCAUGUGCUCAAUAUUAUUAAUAAAGAACCAUUAAUUAAGUAAGUAGCUAAUAAAGGAGUAAGAAAAUAUUUGUAUCACUCAAUUGUUAAAGUCAUGGAUCAUCAUUUAUAAAAAAAGGAAGUAGAUUAACCACUCUAAGAAAGAUUAUAAUUGAUUAAGAAAAUGAGAAGAUCUGAUGAUCCUGAAGCUGUCUUAGGAUAAUUUAAAGGCUAAUUUUAAGCUGAAGCUGAAAAGAAUGAUUGGGAAGAUAUUUAAAAAGGAAAUAGACAAUUAAAGAGAGCAAUUAAGUUAUUAAAAGAAGAAGAUAAAGAAGAAGAACAAGCACGAAAAUAAAAAGAAGAAGAAAAUUAAGGUUUAUUUAAUCUAGAAAUAUAAUUCUAAGAAGAAGUAAAAGAAAUUCAAUAAGAAAUAUAAGAUACUUAAGAAGCUAAAUCAGAGAUAACUUCAUUGCUUGAGGAUAUUUAGAAUAAAUUGAUUGAAUAACAAAAAAUUUAUGAUAAAUUGUAGAAAAAGAAAUAAAAAUUAGAAGAUCUCAGUUAGAAAUAGUAAGAUACAUAUUCAUAAAUUUAAUCUGAUAAUAAGGAAAAGUAAUUAGAAUUAGAAAGUGCUCAUUCUAUUCUCUAAUAAAUUGAAUAGAAAAAAGGAAAUGAUCCAGAAAUUUAAUAACUUGAAUAAGAAAUCGAAAAUAUAAGAGUUGAGUGGGAAAAAGAAAAAUUAAUAUAAUAAAAUGAAGCAGAUGAAUUGGCUCAACAAGUUUAAGAUCGAAAAUUGAAACUUGAGUAGAUCUAAGAUAAAAUGAGGAGAUUAUAAGAAGAAAACUAAAUGAUUAGAAACCAAGGGAGAGUGAAUUUAGAAUAUAAGGAAAAAUUAUUAGUUGACCUACAAAAUUAACCAAAAGAAAUUGCAAGAAAUCAAUAUAUUAAAAAAAUUGUUGAUCUAAAAAAUCAAUUAGAAAAAUAAAAAGCUGAAUAUCUAAAAUAAGCCAAAGAAUUAUCUUAAUUAGAAGAUUCUCUUUAAUUUUAAGACAAUAUGAUAAAUAGAUAUUGUAUUGAAAUAGAGAAUCUUAUUAAUUAAGAUCCGAAGAAAUCAGAAACAGUUGUUAAAUAAAUCUAAAAGCAAUAUUAAGAUUAUAAAAUUAUUUAUAAAUAAUGUGCUGAGGCUAUGCGUAAUAUUGGAGAAAAGAGAAUUCAAAUAUAUGAUACAGAGUUAAAAAUGGAAGACAUUUUACUUAAGGGAUACAAAAAGAAUGUUGAAAAAUUAAGAUAAGAUUUAACCGACAUCUAAGCUGAAAAUAAAAAUCUAGAAAAAUAGAGAAGAUGAUUAUUUAUUAAUGAAUUAU